UGUGCACAUGCUACAAAAGUAAACACAUUUGUGGGCUUAUUCAGCUCAAAGGCCCCAUUUUGAGACCUCUAGGAUAGGUAGACUUCACCGUCACUCUCCCAGGAUGGCAACCAUUGACUUGACCCAUGAUCUUCUUACUAGGAAUCCUUUCUCCCAUCCUGAGGAAAACACAGAGGUAGAAGGGAUGGUGGCUGUCAGGCCGAAAAAUUAUAAUCAGAUUGCAGUGACCUUUGACGACGCAGUGACCUUUGACGACGUGGCAUUGGACUUCACCCAGGAGGAGUGGAUAUUACUGGACCUUGCUCAGAGAAACCUAUACAGAAACGUGAUGCUGGAGAACUACCAGAACCUGGUCACAGUAGGAUAUCAACAGUCAAAACCCAGCCUAGUAGCUAGGUUGGAACAAGAAGAGUUGAGGACAGUGGAGAAAGGAGUUUUCCCAGAAUGGCAAACUCAACAUCAAAGCAAAGAGUCACCAUCUCUCCAGGAUUUGGGGGAAGGAAGAACAGCCAGAGAAAUUCAAAAAGAAAGGACCCACCAGGGAGCAGAGCUCUCCGAGUAUGAGCAAAGUGGGAAAAUCUUAAGCCAACACUUACUCCUUAAGACACACAUGAGAAUGGAAAAUAGAGAGAACACUUUUGAGCAUACUCAGUAUGCCAACAGCUUCCGUCCUCUG